AUGUCUGCCGCCAGCGACGGAGUCGUCCCGAUGGCUAAACUAGGCAAACGCAAGCGCGGGUGCCUAGCCACUGAACUAACGGGGCCCGACGACGAGCCAUCGUCAUCGCCAGGGCCACCAGCAAUCAACUCCCCAACGGAAGCAUCAGCCCUGUCGCCUACAACAACAACAAUAACAAAACAGCUUGAACCUCUCACCCCCGGGGACCACGAGCUCGAGAUCACACCGAACCAGGAUCAGAACAAAGUGCAAACCCGGAAAAGGAAACGCGGCCCCAAUCCCAACAACCCCAAGCAGCCCAAGCCCAAGCCCGCAAGCAAGCGCACAUCAGACAAAAAACCGACACCAAAAUCACCACCCCCGACGCAAAGCAGCCGCAGCAGCACCAUCACCACCAACGAUGCUGGAGGAGUACACUCCUACCCGCCCUACCUAACCCACCUCGUCAAAACCCACCGCGCCCUCAACACCGUGUCCACCUUCCUCUCGGCCCGCCGGCACGUCGCGCCCGCCUGGGACACGCUGCGGCCCGCCGUCGAGGCGCACACGCGCGCGCCGCUGUGCGUGGAGGACGUCGCGGCUGUUGUGGCCGUGCGGUGCUGGUUUGAUGGUGAGAGCGCUGGUGGCGGCGGAGGUGCCGAGGGUGAGGGUGUGCUGGGAGGGGGUGGUUCGCGGGCAGGGGGCGAGAUAAGGGCACGACAGGGGAGUCAGGCAAGGCCGGUGAGGUUCGAGUUCGUGGAUGAGGCCGCGUUGGCGGUGUCUUUGGGCGGGGAGGAAAGGGAGGCGUAUUUCAGAGAAGAUGUGGGAGGGAGCCGGGACGGGCGGGGCGAUGAGGUGCUGGUGUUUGAGUUCUUGGAUGGGGAGCUCAGGGCGGAUGGGAAGAAUGGGAGCACUGGCGGUGGUCGGCCCCGCGACAGGGAGGACCGCAUGCGGAUGCCCGUGUUCAGCCAGAAGCAGGUCAUGCGGCUGAUUGAGCGGCGGAAUCGGCGGUUUGAGCAGGCCGUGCACGCGUUCCUAGCGCGGUGCAUCGCCGAGCGCGUCGAUCCCGAGGUGAUGUUGCUGCAGGAGCGGGAGAGGUACAUCCCGCGGCCGACACAGGCGGAGCCGCAGCCACGGCCGCCCCUGGACGGUGCCCUCCCGCCGACGAUCCCCCGCGAGCGCAAGAGCAUCGCCGAGAUCGUGCAGGAGAUCCGGGAGUGUCCGUGGUACACGGGCCAGAUCGUGCCGGACGGACACAGGGUGUUCGAGGCGCAGGAGGCCGUCUACGGCGACCUCGACUUCCUGCUCAGCCAGGACCUGGUCAACACGCUGUACAACGCGAAAGGCAUCACGCAGUUCUACGCCCACCAAGCCGAGGCCAUCAAUGCCUUGCAUGCGGGACACAACGUAGUGGUGGCGACAUCGACUAGCUCGGGCAAGUCGCUGAUCUACCAGCUCCCCGUGCUGCACGCCCUGGAGCGGGACCCCAACACGCGGGCCAUGUACGUCUUCCCCACGAAGGCGCUCGCCCAGGACCAGAGGCGCAGCCUGAAGGACAUGAUGAGCUACAUGCCCGGUUUGGAGGACGUGCUGGUCGAGACGUUCGACGGCGACACGCCCAUGAACGAGCGGGGCACCAUCCGCGACGAGGCACGCAUCAUCUUCACGAACCCAGAUAUGCUGCACAUAACCAUUCUGCCCCAGGAGGACAAGUGGCGCACGUUUCUGAAGAAUCUGAAGUACGUCGUUGUGGAUGAACUACACUACUACAACGGCCUGCUGGGCUCCCACGUCGCCUUCAUCAUGCGGCGCCUCCGCCGGACCUGUGCGGCGCUGGGCAACAGGCACGUCAAGUUCAUCUCGUGCUCCGCUACCGUGGCGAACCCUGAGCAGCACUUCAAAACGAUAUUCGGCAUCGACGAUGUCCGCUUGAUCGACUUCGACGGCUCCCCUUCGGGGCGGAAGGAGUUCCUCUGCUGGAACACGCCCUACAAAGUCCCCGGCGACCCGGCAAGCGGGCGUGGGAACGCCAUGCUGGAGUGUGCACGCUUGUUCUGCCAGCUGAUCCUGCGCGGAGUCAGGGUGAUUGCCUUCUGCAGGGUCCGUGAGCAGUGCGAGAAGCUGGUCGGCGCUGUGAAGCAGGAGCUGGAGACGCUCGGCCGGAGCGAGGUUGUCCCGCGGGUCAUGGGCUACCGCGGCGGCUACACUGCCCAGGACCGGCGCCGGAUCGAGACCGAGAUGUUCGAGGGCAAGCUGCUCGGCAUCAUCGCCACCACGGCUCUCGAGCUUGGCGUCGAUAUCGGCACCCUCGACUGCGUGCUUACGUGGGGAUUCCCGUACACGAUUGCCAAUCUCCGGCAGCAGAGCGGCAGGGCGGGGCGCAGGAACAAGGACUCGCUGUCCAUCUUGGUCGGAGACAGCUUCGCGGUCGAUCAGUACUACAUGCAGAACCCCGACGAGCUGUUCACCAAGCCGAACUGCGAGCUGCAGGUCGACCUGGACAACAUGCUGGUCAAAGAGGGGCACAUUCAGUGCGCUGCGUACGAGAUGCCGAUCCAGCCGGCAGAAGACGCCGUCUACUUCGGCAGCGAUCUGGCCCAGGUCUGCGAGGAACGGCUCAUCAAGGACGAGACGGGCUUCUACCACUGCCACGACCGGUUCCGGCCUCUCCCCUCCAAGUUCGUGUCGAUCCGCGACACGGAGGAAGAUCACUUCGCCAUCGUCGACAUCACGCACGGCCGCAACAUCGUGCUCGAAGAGCUCGAAGCCUCCCGCGCCACGUUCACCAUCUACGACGGCGCCAUCUUCCUCCACCAGGGCGACACGUACCUCGUGCGGGACUUCAACCCGGACCAGAAACUCGCGCGCGUCGAGCGGGUCAAGGUCGACUGGCUAACGUCGCAGCGCGACUACACCGACAUCGACCCGGUCGAGACGGAGGCCGUCAAGCGGCUGCGCGGCUCGCGCUGGCGCGCCUACUACGGCGCGAUCCGCAUCAAGCAGGUCGUCUUCGGCUACUUCAAGGUGGAUGCGCGGCGCGGGCGCAUCCUCGAUGCUGUGCAGGUCGACAACCCGCCGGUGGUGCGCCACAGCAAGGGCAUGUGGCUCGACGUGCCGAAACGCGCGCUCGACAUCCUCACCGCCCGCCGCCUGCACGUCGCCGCGGCCAUCCACGCCGCCCAGCACGCCGUCAUGAGCCUGAUCCCCAACUUCGUCGUCAGCAUGCCGGGCGACGUCAGGACCGAGUGCAAGAGCGCGCUGAAGGAGUUCGCCCGGCGCGAGACGCAGCGCAAGCGGCCGGCGCGGCUGACCUUUUACGACGCCAAGGGCGGCGCCGGCGGGUCGGGCAUCAACACCAAGGCGUUCGAGUUCGUGGACAUGCUGCUGCGGCAGGCCCUCGACAGGGUCUCGGCCUGCGCGUGCCUCGGCGGGUGCGUCGAGUGCUGCGCGUCGGAGCUGUGCAAGGAGAUGAACGAGGUCAUGAGCAAGGCCGGCUGCGAGGUCGUCUUGAAGGCCUUGCUGGACGAGGAGAUCGACGUCGACGCGCUGCCCAUGGGCCCCGAGGAGGCCAGCCCCGCGGGCGUCGAGACGGUCGUGCUUGCGAGCCCGGUGCCGACGAGAGAUGGCAGGGGCUUGAUGGUGGAAGGCGAAGAAAAGGGGGAAAUAACGUUGCAGGGCGGCGAAUAA